GAGGAGUUCCAACCAGACGGCAGCAGCAUAAAGAAACCACAUCGCACACAGCGACCGAACGAGCAAGCUAUCGGAUACACAUCGACGCACAUGGCAUCGGGACCGCAGUCGAGAGUAACGUUUCGUUCGUACGGGCCGUUUUGCGUUCAGUACCGUGAGCGACAUUCGGAAUGCGCGUUGGCCGUCUGCGCGACCCAUCGCUAGCGAACGUAGUGCUUCACACGCCACAUCUCCAUCUCCGGUCCGGGCAGCAAACAAGCUCCAACAAAAUUGUCCAACCAUUUGCCACUCCGAUAUAGGAAAAUCCCCCCAGUCGGGAUAGCAUCAGUCGGUAGAGUGCAGUACGCGAAGAACGAAGCAGGGAAUUUAUUCUUAACCUACCCAGACAAAACUAUCCUCCCCGGCGCGUGUGUGUGUGUGGUGAGGCCGAGUGUAGUGUUUUUGACCUAAUUUUCCCGAUUUUUCCUCAUUUUACCUGUGCUGGAAAAUCUGGUCUACCGAAAUUCCAGAACAAUGUGGGCACGUACGUACGGGCAGUGCCGGUGACGGUGAACUUUGUCCAUUAAAAGUCCAACAGGACAUUUGAGGUGUUGUCUACGGCACAAAUCCCGGUCGAGUGUCUGGUGAAGUUUCUUUGUGUGUGCAAGAAGAUCCCUCGGGAUAGCUACGGGUGGACCCGAGCUCGGAAAACUCGUCUCGAAGAAGAGUUUCGGGUGGGAUUGCAAAAGAAUCCGCGAAGAAUCCCAUCGUCUUUUGAUGUCUACCAUUUUGGGGAUUGGGCCUUUUUUAUUUAAACGUUCGGUCGAGUUUGGGUGAAGUGAAUUAAUUUCAAUUUUAUACCCGCGAAGUGAGGCCUAAGUUGGGUAAAACGUUCAGCUAACCAAAGUUGCUGAGUGAAAGUGUGGCUGGCGUGAUACAAAGUGGAACAGAAAAGCAGUCAAUUUACAUCACAAGUGAAUUUCAAAUUUUAUCCUCAUAAAACCUUUAUAAGCGACGCUUCUUGAAAGUGGGGACUCGUUCGGUUUCGGUACAUCAUCUUCACGUCGUUUGCUGCACCGGAUAGUGGUCUCCGAAAGUGGAUUUUUCCAAGGAAAUAAAAGUUAGUAGUGCAGAACGACCUUCAUACUAACAGAAGCAAGAAAGGAAGGAAGUUCCUACAGUAAUGAUAGUGAUAAGCUGAUUGUGGUAGUGUUUGAGUGAGCUGGAAGGGGGAAAAAACCGGGAAGGCCAAAAUCAGCCCCAGUGUGUCCUUGCAGGGCAUCCUUCAAUUAUAAUCAAGCCAUGGAUACAAAUCGCUAGCAUCUAACAGCUAGCUCGUGCCACGAAUUACUGACCUCUUCCGUAUCUUUCCCGGCCCUGCUUCAAGCCGGGGGUUUCAUCGAUUUUGUGCUGCCGCUACUCCUGCUUCGGUCGGUCGGGCCCCAUAACUGGAGCAAAUGUAACGGCCAUGCUUCGCUGCGCUCACACCGGUACGGCCUCUUAAGCAGCUCCAAGUGUGGCCAACUCGUUGUAAUAACAUACCGAAUUCCACGUCCCACAAGACCGGUAGCAGUUCAAGCACCGUUUCGAUUGAACGAUCAGAUUGCCGGUGUACGGACGGAAUCUGUACGCCUCCUAUGCGCUUAGUGGACUGCGUGUGUGUGUGUGUGUACGAGUGGCUGAUUUUAAGUACGGAAAUAACAGUUUUAAAAAAACUAAAAACAUGAAGGACACCACAAAUCGCCGAUAUCGCUCGCAACGACCCUGGAUGAUGGAUCACGGCGUUGUGGACGAGGAAGCUCCCAUCGACCCGAGGCUCAAAAAUCGGACCUUUACGGCCGAUCAGGACUUUGAAGGUCACCGAGCGCACACCGUAUUCGUUGGCGUCCACAUUCCGGGCUCAUCCCGUCGCCAUUCGCAGCGCCGCCGGCACAAGCACCACCAGGCGAGCCGGGAAAAUGGCGACAAGGGCAGCGCAGGAUCGGAAUCGGAUCGGCCUGUCAAUGCGAAACCUCAUAUCGUCACACAACGAAGAAUCAGCAUUGUUGAUGAUGGCGAAUCUUUUACGCCACCUGCACAAAGAGUACAGUUCAUCCUUGGCGGUGAGGUCGGCGGUGAAGGGGACGGGGGCCAGCAUGAGUCACACCCACUGUUCUCCGAGAUGGAGGAGCUGGUCAAGGAGGGCGACGAGAUGGCCUGGAAGGAAACGGCGCGCUGGGUAAAGUUCGAGGAGGACGUGGAGGAGGGCGGUAACCGGUGGUCCAAGCCGCACGUCGCAACGCUCUCGCUGCACUCGCUGUUCGAGCUGCGCAGCCUGCUGCUGAAUGGGACCGUCAUGCUGGACAUGGAGGCGGUCAGUCUGGAGCAGAUCGCCGAGCUCGUGUGCGAGAACAUGGUCAACUCGGGCACGCUGCCGGUGGAGGCUCGGGAUAAGGUGAUCGAUGCGCUGCUAAAGCGCCACAAGCAUCAGCACGAGUUCGGCAGCAAGAAGAGCCGUCUGCCGCUGAUCCGCUCCCUAGCCGACAUUGGCAAGAAUCAUUCGUCUUCGAAGAAUAUGCCACGCUCAUCCACCAGCAAAAGCUUCUCCUCGGCCAACUCAUUCCCAAUGCACGUCGUCUCGUCGGCACCGUCGGGCAUGCACGAAGAGGCCGCCGAAUCCGCCCUGGCGUCGGCAUCACCCCAAACCGCCCUGCUGUACGGCAGCAAAGACCAGCGGGGUCACUAUCUAGCACUGCCAACAGUUGAAGACCAAACGAAUACUAACAGUCCACCGAAUAGUGCUACUAGCAAUGGCAGUAACCCGAAUGCAUCCAGCAAAUCGACCAACGGCAACAGUGGCAGCGGCAAACACUUAACCGUACCCGGAAGAGCCGCCGGAGAAAAUAUGACGCAAAGUCCGAGCAAUGUAUCGAUGCCGCGCAACACCAGCUCGGGCGAACUGCAGAACGGGGAGCAUAAAACGAACACACACUUCAUGCGCAAAAUUCCGCCCGGUGCCGAGGCGAGCAAUAUUCUUGUCGGUGAGGUGGACUUUCUCGAUAAGACGCUGUCGGCGUUUUUGCGGCUCAACAGCGCCUCGGUGAUGGGCGAUCUGACCGAGGUUCCGGUUCCGACCAGAUUCAUCUUUAUCCUGCUUGGGCCACCGGGAAGCCACGGAAGCUUCCACGAGAUUGGCCGCGCCAUGGCGACCCUCAUGUCGGACGAGAUUUUCCACGAAGUUGCCUACCGCGCGAAAAAGCGUGAACAUCUGCUGGCGGGUAUUGAUGAGUUUUUGGAUGCCGUUACCGUGCUGCCACCGGGCGAAUGGGAUCCCUCGAUUCGGAUAGAACCACCGGCGGCGAUACCUUCGCAGGAAGUACGUAAGCGUCCACCGGAGAAGAAUCCGAAGGAAGAGAUUGAUGAGGAGCUGGAGGAACAGCGACAGCGUGAAGAGGCCGGUCUGUCCCGUACGGGUCGAUUGUUCGGAGGACUCGUGAACGAUCUGAAGCGUAAGGCACCGUUCUAUCUGUCCGACUUCAAGGAUGGCCUAUCGAUGCAGUGCGUGGCGUCGUGGAUUUUCCUGUACUUUGCGUGUCUCUCGCCGAUCAUCACGUUCGGUGGAUUGCUGGGAACGGCCACCGGUAACAAUAUCGCUGCGAUGGAAUCGCUCGUAUCGGGCUUUGUGUGUGGCAUCGGGUAUGGGUUCUUCUCCGGCCAACCGCUCACCAUUCUCGGGUCAACCGGUCCGGUGCUGGUGUUCGAAACGAUCGUGUACGAGUUCUGCCUGAAGGUGGGAUGGGAUUAUCUGACGUUCCGGUUCUGGAUCGGUACCUGGAUCUCGAUCAUUCUCGUCGUGCUGGUGGCGGUCGAUGCGAGCGCUCUCGUGUGCUACAUUACGCGAUUUACGGAGGAAAACUUUGCCUGCCUUAUCGCCGUAAUCUUCAUCUACAAGGCGAUCGAGAAUGUGUUCCACAUUGGACAGGAAUAUCCGUUGAAUACGGCGGGUGGGAAGAUGGACUGCUCUUGCUUACCGCCCGUCGGUCAGGAGCUCACGUCGGAAGCGGUCCAUGCGUGGUCACAGUACAAUCUACGCACGUGCAAGAGUCUCAACGGAACGCUUGCCGGAGCGGACUGCGACAAGCCCGAGUUUGUGUCGGAUGUCUUCCUGAUGUCGAUCGUACUGUUUCUCGGCACGUACAUCAUCUCGGUCAUCCUGAAGGACUUUAAGAACGCGCUGUUCUUCCCAUCGGUCGUGCGUCAGUUCAUCAGCGACUUCUCCGUCACGAUUGCGAUCUUCUCGAUGACGCUGCUCGAUUUCUUCACGCACGUCGCGACACCGAAGCUGGACGUGCCGAGCGAGUUUAAGCGCACGAUCCCGGACCGGGGCUGGAUCAUUAUGCCAUUCCACGAGAGCAAUCCGGCGUGGUCGUCGGCACUCGCCAUUCUGCCCGCCCUGCUCGGCACCAUACUGAUAUUCAUGGAUCAACAAAUUACGGCUGUGAUAAUCAAUAGGAAGGAACACAAACUCACCAAAGGUUGUGGCUACCAUCUGGAUCUGUUCGUGCUGUCCUGUCUGAUACAGAUAUGCACCAUCAUGGGUCUACCUUGGUUUGUUGCUGCCACCGUGCUCAGUAUUAAUCAUGUCAAUUCCCUGAAGAAAGAGUCCGAGACGGCUGCUCCGGGCGAAAAGCCACAGUUUAUCGGUGUACGCGAGCAGCGCGUUACCCACAUACUGAUCUUCCUGAUGAUCGGAUGCUCCGUGCUGCUAACACCACUACUCUCACACAUUCCGAUGCCGGUGCUGUACGGCGUGUUCCUGUACAUGGGCGUUUCGGCCCUCAAGGGACUGCAGUUCUUCGAUCGUUUGCUGAUCAUGCUGAUGCCCGCGAAAUACCAGCCGGACUACAUGUUCUUGCGACAGGUCCCAAUUAGACGUGUGCAUCUGUUCACCAUGAUACAGCUGGCCUGCUUUGCCGUGCUGUGGUUAAUUAAAUCGUUCUCCAUCACCUCGAUCCUGUUCCCGCUCAUGCUGGUGGUGAUGAUCGGUGUGCGCAAAUCGCUGGACUACAUCUUUACCAAGCGCGAGCUCAAGAUUCUAGACGACAUCAUGCCGGAGAUGACGAAGCGAGCGCGGGCGGACGAUCUGCACCAGCUCGAGGACGGCGAGGACUCUGGACAGCAUUCGGCGGACAAUCUGCAGCUACCGCUCGAGAAUGGUACGGUGAACGAGAAGGGCAAAAUUAACAUAUCGGAAGAGGUCAAUCGGACCACCAUCUGGAAGCAGGUCAACAAUUGUAAUGUGCUGUUCACGAAAAAGCAACCACCGUCAGCGACCGAUCGUCAGAAACAUUCGCAACAAUUAUCGAAAUCGAGUGAAACCGAAAAAAGACUGUCCACAAUGCGCGAGGAGGAUGAGGUGACUGAUGAGGCAGGUCGUCAAUUAAGCCAGCAGAAGAAGACGCAGAAAAUGAAGCGCGAGUUUUGGAUGAACUCCCGGUCCGGCAGCAACAGUAACGGUACGCGUGCCAAUAGUAAUAGCAACAGCAACAGUACCGGAAGCAGCAAGAUCGUUGGACGUCCGGAGGGUAAGAGUGCUUCCGAAACGCAGGUGUGAAGAGAUUUGGAGGGGGGGCACGUUUUAUCAAGGUUUAGGAGAAAGUAUUGUAUGGUUGGGAUGGUGAAGAGAGGCGCAUGCGAUCCUUUACAGAUCCGAGCGGACUAUUUCGAAUGAGAAGAACAUAUAUCAAUAGAAAAAAACUGAGCGAAGCCAGAUUGUGGACAGAGCAUCCAGAUUGUUCCUGCCAACAAGCUCCCGGCUAAUUAGACCGAUGUCAACUAGGCAAUUCAACUCCCUCCCCGUUUAAAUAAAAGGAUAAACUUUUUAAAUUUAUAUACCCAAAAGACUAGAGGGAGCGGACGAAAGGAAGCGUGGUGUCAAUCAGCCCGCGUUGUCAGGAAGCAUUGCGGAAGCAUGGUUUAGCGCAUUUUUUUAGAACCUAAGAAUCCUGUUACGGUUUCUCGUAACACAACCGAUCCCGUUUUACCCGUGCUGUAGGAAAAAUUAAAACAAGACAUAUGAAACAAA